GGCAGGUGGCACUGGCCGCCUCCCCCGCGCCCCCCCGAGCUCCGCCGCUGCGCUCAGUCCGCCGGCGCCGAUGCUGCUGAGCGGAGCGGCCGGCUCGGAGCGCGGCGGCUGCAGCGGCGGGGCGGGGGCCGGCGGGGCCCCGCAGUGCGUGGGCACCAUGGCCCGCUGGCUCCGCGAACACCUGGGCUUCCGCAGCGCCCGGCCCGCGCCACCCGCGCCGCCCAAGCCCGACUACCGCGCUGGGCCGCCGCCUCAGCCGCCCCUGCCGCCCGGGGGCGCGGCCGAGCCGCUGGCCGCCGCCCAGCCCGAUAUCGUGGCGGCCUACCGGCUGCAGAAGGAGCGCGACUUCGAGGACCCCUACAGCGGCCCGCCGCCCGCCGCCGCCCCCGACGGGCCCCGCUACGUCUCGCCCAAGCACCGGCUCAUCAAGGUGGAGGCGGUGGAAAAGGUGCCCGCCAGCCCCUCGCCGCCGCCGGUGCCGGCCCCCCCCAGCUCGCCCCCGGCCGGUCCCGAACCGCCCGACGAGCCGCCGCAGGAGCUGGCUGUUCUGGAGGACUAUGCAGAUCCCUUUGAUGCGGCACAGGUGGCAGGUAGCCAGGCAGGGCUGGAGAAGGUGAUGGAGAAUGAUGGAUAUAUGGAGCCAUACGAAGCCCAGAAGAUGAUGGCUGAGAUCCGCCAGAAGGGCUUACGGGAAGCUCCUGCCCAGCCGCUGCACCUCUAUGACACUCCCUAUGAGCCUGUGCUGGACAUGGACAGUGACUGCUCAGCUUGCCCCAGGCCCAGGGAGUCCCGGCUGCCCGAGGAUGAUGAGCGGCCACCAGAGGAGUAUGACCAGCCCUGGGAAUGGAAGAAGGAGCGGAUCUCCAAAGCCUUUGCAGUUGAAAUCAAGGUCAUUAAAGACCUGCCAUGGCCCCCACCGGUGGGACAGCUGGACAGCAGUGAAAGCCCCCCGGAAGGGGAGGCUGGUGCCCCCAUCCCUCCGCAGCACAGCCAGCACAGCUACGAAGACGCCAAUGGUCCAUCAGAGGGGCUGGGGUAUGGCCGCACCUCACCCUGCAGGGAAGAGAAGGCCAGGGCUGUCCUCAGGCAUGGCUCCAGCAACCUCAAGAGCACAAAGACACUGACGGCUGAGCCUGGCCCCUUUGUCGGGGAGAGGAUUGACCCUGCCCUGCCCCUGGAGAGCCAGUGCUGGUACCACGGGGCCAUCAGCCGGACGGACGCGGAGACGCUGCUGAGGCUGUGCAAGGAGGCCAGUUACCUGGUGCGCAACAGCGAGACCAGCAAGAAUGACUUCUCCCUCUCCUUGAAGAGCAGCCAGGGCUUCAUGCACAUGAAACUGUCGCGGACACAGGAGAACAAGUACGUGCUGGGUCAGCACAGCCCGCCCUUCGACAGCGUGCCAGAGAUCAUCCAUCACUACGCCAGCCGCAAGCUGCCCAUCAAGGGGGCCGAGCACAUGUCCUUGCUUUACCCAGUGGCUAUCCGUACCCUAUAGUAAUCACCCCCACGAGCCAGGCUCAAGGCUGGCUGCACCCAAAACUGGCCCAUCCACAGGGCUGAGCACCACUGUGCCAAGGAUGGGCUCCAGACCAUCAGCCCAUGAGCAGCUCGCUGGGCACAGCCGGUGCUGUCGGGGAUUGCUGCAGCCGGGCCCCUCGUCCUGCUCUCCCAGGGGCUCCCGUGCACUGGUUUUGUGCUGGCAUGGCACUGGAAGGGACCCCCUGUGCAAGGAGCUGAGUGGGGUUUGCCGGCUGUCCACACCUCCACACCUGCCUCUUUGGCAAAGCUUGGGAUGCCAGGACUGGAGCUGGGACCUUGGAGACUCCAGGGAGGGGGGCAGUGUGUGCGAGUACGGGGAUAAAUCAUCUGGUAGCAGGCUUGAGGUACCUCCAUGAGGGUGCCUAGCUCUGCCCAUGAGAGACAAAACAGCUGUGCCUGCAGGUAAGGAGGCUGGCAGGGGUGAGCAGGACCUGCCUGGGCCAGUAAGGCAUGCACAGUGCAAGGCAGGCUGCCCUUACUGCACCGGUGCUCAGUACUCACUGCCAUCCUUUGCCAAACAUAAACAGUGACCGGCCUUGGCCUUGUGUGCAGCACCACUGCCUAAUAAAGCAGUGUCUCCUGCUUCA